UAUUUAUUUCUUUGUCUAUCUAAGAAACAUCUGAGGUUGCACAGGGUUAACAGUUUGUUCCUUUUGUAUUUAGGAAUGACUGGUAUGUGUCAGCCAAAGACAGAGAUACUUUGAAAGUGUAAUUUCUGCAGUACUUAGAUGAUACAUAUCAGGCAUGGUAACAACACUUUUACUAACUGCAACCACAGCCUGAUGUCAAUGUGUUUGUCAGUGAAUGACAAGCAAGUUGGGUGUGACUGCCUUGGCACGGAUAGUUAGAACGCGGCGCAUAGUCAUCUGAAGUAACAGCAAAACGCAAACUGCUUUACAGGAGACCGUUGUGGGUUGUUUCGUCCCUGAGGUGUAGUUUUGAUAUGUCCUUGCUGUGUGUCAGUAAAUAGGAAGGGCUAGAGGGACGUUACGGAUGAGAUGGAGUUGAUGAGGGUGGAUGGGAUGGGUUAGUCCUGUGUUGAAAUAGUUGUUUGACUUGCAAAGCAGGCCUAUGUGCUCUCGGACUGGGCAUUGAGAGAAGGCCCUUCCCUGGAAGUUGAACACCCGGGACACGGAUGGCUGCUUUGUGCUGGGUUGUGGGCCUUGUCACCCACAGGCAUGAAUUAGUGAUAAGGAAUGUUUCAAGCUAUGAGGAGGUGUCGGGAUCAGGUUUGUUGCACUGUUUCCUCUUUCUCAGUGCACUUUGCGGGGUUAUUCUGGGACAGGUGGCUCCUGCAUGCAGAGUAGUCCCUCCAUGCUUCGCUGGCACUGAAUUGCAUUUGUGUGUGUAUGUGUGUGUUUUAUCUCCUCUCAGCGUCUUUACCCUACAAAGCCGUGACCCGGGGUCAGCUAUAUGUACGGGAACGCGCUAUGCAAGCUUGCAGCAAAGCCUGGACUAGUGCAGGUGCUGUGUAUCUGUGUUAGAGAAAAGCAGGUUGACUCGGGUCUGGAUGGGCUCACAGAGAUCUAUUUCCACCUGUGAAGGGCAUGACCGACAGGCAGACGGACAGACGGCAGGACGGAUACACGGGUGGGGGCUGUGCUAGGUGGCUCGGCGGCAGGCUGGUGGAAGAUGUCGUCAGGAGCCGGUGGGAGGGGUGGCAGGCGGCUCAGGGGGACAGCAAGCAGCGGUGGUGGAGGAGGGAGAGGAGGGGCAGGAGAGGCAGAGGAAGGCCCAGUGGGGAUCCCUUUCCCUGAGCACAGCGCAGACAUCCUGGGCAGCCUGAACAAGCAGCGGCUCAGCGGCCUGCUGUGUGAUGUGCUCCUGGUUACGCAGGACCGGGAGUUCCCAGCUCACCGCUCCGUCCUGGCGUCAUGCAGCUCCUACUUCCACAAGCUCUUCACUUCAGGGGCCGCCGCUGACCAACAGAACAUCUACAACAUCGACUUUGUGGCAGCAGAAGCUCUGGGAUCGUUGCUGGACUUUGCCUACACAGCUACGUUGACAGUCAGUCACAGCAGUGUGGCUGAUAUCCUUGCUGCUGCGCGCCUCCUGGAAAUCCCACCUGUCCAGGACGUCUGUACACACCUGCUGGACACCAAAGUGCUCUCCCUGCCGACGGGCAGUGAGCGAAGAGAUGAAGAUGAAGAUGAGGAGGGGAAGGGCAGAGGAGGCAGGGAGCAGGGGAACCAAGUGCGGGCCAAGGAAUACCUGGAGUACUUCCAGAGAGGGGCGCACUGGAGCAGCAGUUGCAGCACGCCAGAGCUCAGGGACCUGCCCACACACCUGCACUUUAACCACGGGAAUGGGGGGGGCCCCAGCAACGGGACUCCUGCUGGCCCUGGUGAGUACUACUCCCCCCUGGCCCUCGCCUUGGCUCAGGCCCCCACACUGGAGCCAGAGGAAGAGGAUGAGGAUGAAGAGGAAGAUGAGGACGGGGAGGCGAUGCAGGGGAACGGAGCAAGUCUGGGGUCAUCUUACUACCCUCCAUCCCAAAAUGGGCACUUCUACCUCCCCUCUGAGUCUAGGCUGGGGCAGGAGACAGAGGUGGAGGAUGGAAGUAGAGAGGCGAGGGAGAGGGGUUCUGCCAGUGCCCUACUGCAGCAAAUGAUGGACUCCAUCGAGAGGCAGAAGGAGCGUGAAACAACCGGGGAGGAACAGGGCGAUGGGGAUGACCCCGACAUGGAAUUUUACUUGAAUUAUUUUAACAGCACGCAGCAUGAGGAUCCAGCCUCUGCUGCCAUGACACAGGGAGUGCCGCCGCUCUGGUUAUCACGGGGCAGAACAGGCCAAGACAGAGUAGGAGAAGGAGGAAGAGAGAGGGGCGGGGGAGAGAGAGGUAGCGGGGUCGGAGGAGGUGGAGGCGAGAGGAAGAUGCGCUCCAAGGCCUUCCAGAAAUGCCCCAUAUGUUCCAAGGUCAUUCAAGGAGCAGGCAAGCUACCCCGCCACAUCCGAACACACACGGGAGAGAAACCUUAUGAAUGCGCCAUCUGCAAAGUGCGCUUUACCAGGCAGGACAAGCUCAAGGUUCAUAUGCGAAAGCAUACAGGAGAGAAGCCUUACCUGUGUACACAAUGUGGAGCCGCCUUUGCUCACAACUACGACCUGAAGAACCACAUGCGCGUACACACCGGCCUGCGCCCCUAUCAGUGCUCAAGCUGCUUUAAGACUUUCGUGCGCUCGGAUCACCUGCACCGCCACCUCAAGAAGGACGGCUGCAACGGCAUCCCCUCUCGUCGAGGCCGAAAGCCUCGGGUGCGAGAGCCAGGGCUCCUUGAUGCCCCUCUGGGUCUGCUGAGCCCAAGCUCCGACACAGGCCCUGGGCCUCGUACCAUCAGGGGGCGGCGGCGAUCGGAGGCAUCCUCAGCAGCAGAGGUUGAGGGGGCUGCUGGAGCCCAUGCACACAGUCCUCAGCUGCAGGAGUUGGCAGGGCCCUGAGACUGCAGGGGCGACAAGGACACUGCUGGACACCAUAGUCACUCUGCACCGCCUGUGAGACAGGCCAGUGAACAGAGAGGAGAAAAAACACGCAAAGGCAAACUUUAAAAAAAACAACAACUAACUAUUCCUCCAAACCAAAUCAGGGUGUCACAAAAAAUCUAAUCUUUAUAUUUCUUUCUCCUUUUACUUUAGGAAAUGGAGUAGACUUGCAAGCACUUGAGUCGGUUUAUCUGUUAAAGAGCAAAGAACGCUUCAAAUCAUGCACCCAUGACGUCCACUUUCUGGGCCAUUUCUUUCUUUAUAAUAAUAGGGGUUUUAUACAUUGGCAUAUGUGCUUAGGCAAAUGUAUGAUAGAUACAAAAAAACUUGGAGCAACUAUGCAGUUGAUUUAGAUUUUUAUUGGUUUUGUCCUCACAGCCUUCAAAGCUCUAAGCAAGGUGUCUAUCAAGCACCUUCUGGCUGCUGUACGGGUGAAGCGAGGACAAAUCCUCCCAGUGAAAACAACUCUUUUUCUAUUCUUUUGCAGUUCUGAAAUGUACAGUUACCAUAGAAACAACAUUGCCACAAAAUGGCAUAUGCAAGAAAAACUCACCACAAUUUUGAUGCAACAGUUUUCGCUCUCUAAAUGUUCCAGAAAGAAUCAGACAAGGGUUUGAUUGAAGUGUUACUUACUCUAUAAAAAUGCAUUUUAAGAAUCUAUGGUUUGUCUUAUUGAAAAACAAAUUCAUGUUGAGUCAAAUCCACUUUAAUGGGGGCUCUUCAGUUGCAGGACUAGGGAAUAUGAGGGGUGGAGGGUUUGUGUUUUUAAAGCACUACCAUCGUCAAUGUAUCUGUUGGCUUGACUACUUUGCCUCUUAUCCCUCAGAACCCUGCAAUUUCAGCAUUUCUGUUUUCCCUUUAGAUUUUGUCUUAAUUUUUUGUCGUUCCUUUUUGUUGACUGCUUCGGGUACUUGACACUUUAUAAUUGUAUACAUGUAUAUACAGCAGGUGGUGAUAUUGACAUUAGUCCCCUCUUAAUGCUGAGGUGUACUUACCAAUCCUCUUAGGCUUGAUGUCAUAUUUCUCACAGAGUGAAGCUUGUGGGUGGGCGAAAAAACCUGUAUGAAUGUUUGAUGGGAAAAAAAAAAAACAUUGAGUCACCCAUUUGCCCUAAACUUAACACUUGACUUGUAUAGUUCCUGCCCAAAGGAUGAGAAGGUUGAAUGAAUGAAUGUGCUUAACUUUGUGCAGUUUUUCGGAAUCUGUCCUUGUGUGACAAGGCGCGGGUAGCAUUUAACCAACUGCAGGUUAAAGGAAUGGCAGGGAGCCCGAGUGAGAGAAUGACAAAGAGUACGAAGAAGAGAUAGAUGAGCACCUUUUUUUUUUUUUCUAUGUUUGCACAGCUUUACUAAAGAUAUCCAACAGAGCGAGAGAGAGAGGUAUAUUUAAAGGAAGUGGGCUGGUGUUGGGGAGGGAGUGAGAGGAGGUUUAUGUAUCAUGCUUAUUCCAAUCUUUUUUGCCCUAGGGACCACAAACCAUGAGGCAACCUGUAUGAUGAAGAGAGCAAUAAAUACCUGUCCAAGUUGGGAGGCCAAAUAGGAGCGCAGCUGCAGCUGGUUGAUGGGGGAGGGGAACAAGGGAAGGGGAGGGGGAUCUCACAAUGUCUGUUGCAUUCCAAAAAAUAAUCUCCCCAGCUCAGCCACGUUUCCAGGCAGGAGGGGAUCAAAUCAGGCCUUUUCUCUCCCUCUCUCUCCCUCUGUAUUCCUCUAAUGCCCCUGAACUAGCCUAAAGGGGAUAUUAUUAUAUUAGAACCUGGUGUUACUGUGGGUAGGACGCCUGGUGCUGGCAGUUUAGUUUGCGAGUGUGUUUAUAUGUACGUGUGUUUGUGUAUGUGUGUGUGUGUGUGUGUGUGUGUGUGUGUGGCAGCCAGGGUCGCUCUGGCCACAUCAUCAGUGUGUGAGUCAGCCACAGCCUGUUCAAACAUGCACCCUGAGCUGCCAGCCCCAAUGCACUUUCUCUGUCUCACACACACACACACACACACACUCGGCUCACUGGGCCCAGGUAUCCUGUAGAGAAUGGGAAAACACCAGAGCUGACAUAUCUGUUUGAAUAUUGCAAGUGACUCCAUACAUCUGGAUUUGUUAGUCUUAAAAUAUCCAAGUUUUGUUAUUGUGAUCCAAAUCCAAUGUUAUUUUUGUGUGUCACCGCCACCCUGUAAUUUCUGCAGUAGUGCUAUAGUUCAUCUAUCAGUCCUUUGCACCUUAAUUGGAAAGAGGCAGGCUAUGAAUGCACUUUGUUACUGAGGAGGGCACUUUUGUCAAGAAAACGGGUACUUUCAAACAAACCAGUUGCAAAUGAGUUCAAUCCUUUCUUCUGUCCAUGGUGGUGAAGUUGAGCUCCUCCACUGGUUUGGUUCAGGUUUUGACGACCAAGCUGCCAAAAAAAAAACAGAGUUCAGAUCUCUGAAAGACACCGGGUGGGUUUCCGAUACAAACGUUGAGUUUUGUGACCUUAAGACUAAAUCAAUCCAUGUAGCUGAUCGCACUUGAAGUUAGUUGUUGCUGAAAUCUAGCAGAGUUGUCUGUAUGUCUUAAUGUAAAGGAAGCGGCUAGAAGGAGGCAGACGAAGAAGAAAGGGCGUUGGGUGUGUGUAUGUAUGCAUGCAUUUUCUUUUCGUGCAUGUGCACAAGCAUGUGUUGCAGGCUGGAGGGUCUCGGGACAGGCUUGGAUAAACAAACUUUGGUCUGCCCCAUCUGUUCACCAGCUACUCUCAUAACUACACGUGUUCUCCGAGGAGCCACAGUGAAAAAUGGGUCCACGGUACCACAGAAGCAAAAAUACCAUAUUGUAAAACAACUCAUUGGACAGUUGCUUGUUUACUUCACAGCUCUCUUGGUGCAGAUUUGCAUACCUUUUUGUUUACCCUUGUUGGUGAUUGUCAGGGGUUGGCUAGGUCUUGAUAGUUUUAGUUUCUAUUUUUGCUUCUCUGUUAUGACAAAGAUGGGGUUUAUUAAUUCGCAGUUUGACUCCCACAGGCAGACCAAUGCAAGCUGGGUGUGUGAUCUUCAUGUAGUGUACUUCAUGUACUUGGUAUGGCCCACUUAAUCAAUUUUGUGUUGAUGUGACAAGAUGUCAGACCUGUUUGCCAUCUUAAACACUUUCUUUGGACCUUAAUAUUUCCCCAUAAGUCUUACGUUGUUUUGUUGAUUAACCAAAGCUUUUGCCCUCAAUCUUAGUCUACUGUAGACUAGAGAUGUUGAAAUUAUGUCUAUAAUUUAACCCGACUGGGCCUCCCUGACUUAGCCACACACAGAUGCCCUCCUCUUGAAUAGAUAUGCAGAAAUGUGUGUGAAAUCAUACAGAUAUUUACUUGAGUUUGCUUUCUCUUGCUCUUUGUAUCCUUGUGGGCAAUAGAAACAGAGGUUUAAGGAUGUAUAGUUUAUUUCUGUCUGUCUACACUUGUUUUCUUAAAAUAACUUGUUGUGCUACAUUUUUUUUCUAACUAUUUUACAUGGCUGUGUGUGUGUGUGUGUGUGUGUGUGUGUGUGUAUGCGUGCGUGUGUGUGGGUUGGGGUCAUGGUUUUGGGUUGCUGUGCCAGGAGGGUGGGGUAAAUGGGUGCUUGGGUGGGAUUAUGGAUAUAAAGCCUGAUAGCACUGGAAAUGGUGCUUUAGCUGAGAGAGCAAAAGUUUGCACUAAUGUUAAAUGUCCUUGUCCUGCUUAUGGGAGAAGGGCAGGCGACCUCAGAAAGGCCUGCGAGUUUCCAUGAGCACAGAGCAGUGUGGUUAAUCAAUGGUCUCUUAAAGAGUCCAUCCAACCCCUCCAUAGAAAUAAUCAUGUACAGUAUAUUAAGAAAUAUACAGACGUCCAACAACAACAAAUACCAAAGGAGAACAAAUGGCUUGCAUUCAAGUCAUUGGACAUUUUAAGCUACCAAGUUGGAUUAAUAAGUUUUGUAGGCUCUUGAAUAGAGAACUUUUGAUGGACACUAGAAACGGUGUGAUUACAGCUCUUCAUAUUAAGAAAUAUUCCAAAUAUACCACAUUGAGGCACUUAGAAAGUUCAAAGCCUCACCGAAAUCAUUUGAAACAUUUGAGUUUGUCCUUGUCUGAUGGCUGAGAUGUACUGUGUGCAGGUGCCAGAUAUAUUAAAUCCAGUUCUUUUUCAAUUUUGCAGAUGGGAUCUUUAUCAACAUUUGUCUCAUGUUCAGUCAACUGAUGAAUAAUGAUAAUGAAAUAUAUUGGUUUUGUUGAACACUGUUAUUUUGAUAAUUGCUGAACUGGAUGUUUUCAGUUUACUUUCCGAAAAGAUUGAAUUGAAUUGAAAUGUUCUGUAAUUGAAGCAGACUGGGACUUUGUGGCCUUGGCUGAGCAGCACUAAGCUUGUUUGUUUUUUAAUGUUUCCAGACAGUUGUAUUGUGCAGUGUGGGGCUGAGGCUCACUCCCACCAGGUUGACAAUGCUAACAUCAAGGGCCACAGUGUGCCUUAUGUGGGCAGGAACUGACAAAACUCACAACUUUGUCUUUUUUUUUAACCAUAAGCACUUUUCUUCCCAUAUUUUAAAAACCAAAUUGUAAAAGCUGAUUGCUUGGUACUAAAAUUGAUCAUUUAGUUUAAGCUUUACUUGAAUGAAUAUUUAUUUUUUAAUAUAUUUUAUAAUAAUGUCUCUGUACUGGCCACUACUUCAGAGCUUUGUCUCUGUCAGCCUCUAUGGAUCCACAACUGGUGUGUCCCCAGCCUCAGCCCCAGACCAAGGUUGCUCUGACCCAGGCUACACUGAGACAGUCUCAGAACUUUAUUGCAAGUGUUUUUCCAAAUUGACCUUGAUAUGUUUAUUUUUAUUUUUUUGCCUAUGCCGUUAUCAAAGGGUUUUUGUGAAUCUAUCUGAGAAGGCCAUAAAACAAAGACAACCAACAACUAUGAUAACAAUUUAUAACUGUAAAUAAUCAAGCGAAGCAGGACAGGAUGACUGUUAAUAUUGAGAUUUGUGGCGGCAGACGGGGGAUUAUUUGCUUUGCUUCGUCAUUUUACUGCACACCUGAUUUAUUUUAUUUUUUUGCGUUUUCCAUCAGGCUCUUGAUGCACAGCAAGCUGAGCGCAGCAUAUGCAGUACGGCACUAUGCGCAGCAUGGCUCUGGCACUUACACAGACAGCCCUGGGUCCUUCAGAGAGGCAGGCUGGUGUCUGUUGGCUGCUCUCAGCCAAGUGGGGACAGUUUGCACUUGGAGUCUCUCUCAGUCUCUGGGGAUACAAAGGUUGACAUACAGGGAGGAGGAUUAAAUACGGGUGGUAGGGGAAAGCAGGAUGUUUUUUGUUUUUUUCAGGGAUGAGGUUAGAAAGCCCAGGUGAUGGACUAUUUGCUGAGCAAUGGUUCCAGUGUUGGUCCUCUUUAGCUGGUAGGAAUUGCAUGGCCACAGUAUAAUAAUUUUAAUACACCACAGAUUUCACAUUGGGGAAUGGCAACAAUGUGAAUGUUGCUGAUCUCUUUUGUCUAUAUGUAAGUACUACUCAGGUGGAAAAUACACUGCUAUGCAUUGGAUUUCAGUGUCUGCUAAGUUUAUGGUAUGUCUACUCACCCUCCAAGUUACUUCUCUGUAUUUGCCUUUCUUGUUCAUACCAAUAUUUAACAUAAUAGUUCCCAGAAAGAUAAAAGCAGGAACAGUACCCUCGUUAAAAAUGUGGCUGUGACCAGCCUAUUUCUCCAUCUAAUAUUGAUCCAGCGAAUUGUUUGUUAGAGGGAAGGAAGCCACUGGAGAUUGGGGGUAGGGGGGGUGGUAUGUUCUCCUACUCUCUUCUCCCAACGCUCUCCCUCUCUCCGGACUCAGAGUCUACAUCUUUGCUGCCGACUGGGCUUUGAUCAAAGAUCACACACCCUUAGUCGGGGAAUCGAAAGGAGGGAGAGGGGAUUGGAUGAGGUACAGAGGAAGAGACUGUUUCAGUUUUCCGUCACCUAAACUAAUUUAGGAUACAUUCCAUAACUUCAUACUGUGACUCCCACUUUGGAGUUUUUGGCAGGUGUAAAGGAUGUGUGUUGCAGACGGCAGGAGGAAAUAGUCAACAUUUUGCAGUUGGCAGAUUCAGUCAGUCUGUCUAGCCUCACUAUCCCUCCACAGUGUGACACACAGACAUGUAGACAGACAGUUAAAAGGCCCCGUGGUGUACCGCUGUCCAACUGCCUUUUUUUCAGCUUCUGCGAUUGUAACAAAAGCACUUUGCGAAAGGCCAUCCUGAAUUUUGUGUGCUCUUAUUUUAUGGUUAUCACUAUUGUUAUUAAUUUGUUGUUCUUGUUGAUAUUUUCUCAGUGGAGAUGAUUAUUUAAAACAAAACAAAAAACAAUUUGAUGAAAAUAAAAAUGAAAAAACUUGAAUAUUUGGUAUCUGGAUUGAAGGUGGUUUGAGCUGCCACCAUAUCUGGACAUAAACAAACACUUCUCUGUUGUACCACCACCAUACCUGUUAUAUGCAGCCUAUUGCAUAGUCACACAAAGGUGGGGGGGGGGGCACUGGACAGACCUCCCCCUACCUGCUCUCUGCUUACUGUCUUAGAUCUUGUUGGGAGAAAGGUCAUUUGAUCUCAUUUUGGGAGACUCCUUUUCUUGAAAAAGAAACCUGUAUAACAGUUGCAAAGCUUUCUGAGAAGGCUGGCUGUGCUGAAUGUUAAACAUGCAGUGUUGUAUCUACUGCAGAAUCUUUUUGUCUGCAAUAACGCCCUGUCUGUAGUUAAAUGCUGGAUCUGGUAUCCAUAAAGAGCUUAAAUGAUUAUGAAAGACAGAUGAAAUGGCCAAACGACCAUCAUGCACUUUUGCAAAUCAGUACAGAUUUUUUUUUUUUUUUGGCCUUAACAUCUUUAUCAAAUCAACAUUACGACGCAGUGAAGUGUAAAGAAUAUUGAUCAUGAAAAACGUUUAAUAAAUCUAUAGUUCAGUAAAUGUCUUGACUUGGGAGAGAAAGAAAUGGGCUACUAUUUAUAAUAGAUUGAUUUGUAACUGUGAUUAUUAUGAUAAUCCUUUACAGAGGGUUUUUUUCUGAUGUACAUUUAAAAUGGCAGAAUAUGUCCCAGUUCUCAAACCUUGAUAUUAAUUGUAAAUGCACACAAUACCCUUAGGCAGAAAACUGUUGCUCCACUUCUUCCUUGUUGCACAUUUGACCCCACCCCAAUGUUUCGCAACAAGUGUAUCUCAAAGGCAGAGCACCUGCUGUGGCAUCACUAAUUGAAUGGAGCGUGGCCAGAAAGUGCAACGCCAUUGAGCGUUUUAACCCGCAGAGGGCAGCAGCUGUUUUCUUCCCCAUGUGAUUCAGUGUGGGUUUACUUUUUUAAAUAACCCCUUUCUCUUCACAAAGUUUUUUUCUUAGCUUAGCAGUCUGUUAGUCCAUAUCUGUUGAAAGCUGCAGGGGGGGGGGGGGGGGGCUAUAGGUGAUUUUUGGAGAAUUUGCACUUUUUGGCGAUGAAAAGAAAUUGUAUUGUAUAUGAGACCACUAAAUCCACACAAUCUAAACCAUAUAAUUCCAUUUUGUGUCAUUUUUUUUUUUUGUUCUGUUCUUUUUUUUAAUAUAUCCAAAAAUGUCUGGCAUCUGGUUGUCUGGUUUAAAGAAUAUAAAAUCUUUCUAUUAAAAACAAUGGUUGCAAAGCUU